GGUUCGUGGCGACACGAAUAGCACGCCAGUCAGAAGAUUGCGAGCAAUUCCGGGAGAAGUCGAUAUCGUGACCUUUCAACCGAGACAACCAGCAAAGCUAACACGUGGUAACGCCUAUCUAGGCGUGGCUAAAUAUAAAUUUACACAACAGCUCCAGUGGACAAGGGGAGAUAAUCACACUUUCCCGCCAAGUGAAUAACUUUCGCUGUUGCAGCUUUGAUGUUUUUUUCUCGUCCACCAACUUAAAAAUGUCUGAGGGAGAUAUGGCGAUAGAAAAGGUGGAAAGCGAAGAAAAGAAAGAACAAACGUCUGCACAUGCUGAUUUAUUGAAAUGUUGUGCAGUUUGUAAACAAUCUUUUGCAGAGACGCAAGCGAUUCCAAAACUUUUGCCGUGUUUGCAUUCGGUGUGUGACGGAUGCCUUACGCCAUCCGAUGCAGAAAUAGUGGAAACAAAUUCUAAUGGAACAAUUACAGAUCGUAGAACUUGCAACGAGUGCAAUAGUCCCUAUACUCUGAGCAGUGGUGCCAUCACGUUGUACACUCCAGUCGACAAUGUAUUCUUGCAAGAAACUAUCCGUGCGCAGGACAACACAACCAAGACCGCGGAAGUCUCUAAACACAUGUGCGCGUGCGAAGAGAACCUGGAGGCAGAGUCCUUCUGCGCUGACUGCAAAGAAUGGCUGUGCAACCAGUGCGUGUCGGCGCACAAGCGGGUGCGCAUCACCAAGGACCACGAGAUCCUGGUGGGCGACAGCGUUCCCAAGAUGGACAACAGCGUGGCCGACCAGAACCUCUUCUGUAAGCAGCACCGGCACGAGAAGCUCAAGUUCUUCUGCGAGGACUGUCAGAAGCUGACGUGUCGCGACUGCCAGCUGGUGGAGCACAAGGACCACAAGUACCAGUUCCUGAACGAGGCCACCGUCAACUACAAGCAGCAGCUGGAGACGAACCUGGCCAUGAUGCUGGAGCGCAGCAAGAAGCUGAGUCAGGUGCACGGCAUGAUUGAGCAGCGGCUCACGCAAGUCAAGGAGCAGCACUCGACUAUUGUCAAGCAGGUCCAGUCUCAGGCAGAUGCGCUCAUCAAGUCGAUCAUUCAGAACGCGCGCACCUUACUUCAGAAUGUUAAGAUUGCCUCGGAGAGCAUGGCACGUGGUCUGGCGAAAGAGUCCACUGAUCUGGGGACGUUGUUGAAGAAUUAUGACUUCUGCACCAGAUUCAUGCAGAAUAUUGUCAAUGACGGAAGCAACAUGUCGCUGUUGUCGACAAAGGCGACAGUUCUGAGACACUGUGGUGAGGUGUACAACACACCGGUUGAGGCGAAGUCGCUGAGGCAGAUGUUUAACGUGCAGUACAAACACGACGUAAAUUUUCUCUUUCAAAAUCUUCACCGGUUUGGGGCGAUAUUUGUGAACAAUCAGAGAUACCACCCACAAGAUCGCCGGGGCUACCUGCCUGAGACUCUUCCAGCCAACAACAUCACGUUUCCUGGCUCCAUCUAUUCACAGCCUCAGAAUGACCAAGCCACUCGCCACCAUAUGAUGUCCCUCAUAAUGCAGCAGCCCAUGAAAGGGCCGGUGUCGACUGCAAUCACAGCAUAUGGUAAAUCAAGUGUGCCAUCGACGGUGUCCAAUCUAGUCUCACAGAUGAUGCAACAUCCCAACAGUCGGCCAGCACAGACUACCACAGCCUCCUCUUCAUGGUCGCGGCAGCUGAAUAUUCCACGGCCACCCAACCAAGUACCAAAUUUGCUGACUUCAAACCAGCGCCCGUCUCCAUAUCCGGCCUUCCAGCCAAUGAAACUACAUCACCGUCCUGCCAUGCAGCAAUCUGUGGUCAACUUCAACGUGCCGGUGCAGAAAAACAUUCAACAGUCUCAACAUAUAGUGCUUGACCCCAAAAUGUCACUUCCCAUGUCGUCAUCCAACCAGUCAUCCAACCAGUCACAUCUCGCAGCAAAUCGGAAUUCCAGUGGUCCCCCUCCAUUGAUUCGAAGUCCGCCUCACAACCAGUUGUCACUAAACUAUGUCAACAAUCGUCCAGGAUCUGCAGACUCCGACUCUCGUCAAGGAAGUGACCCUGAGAGGCCGGCUUCUAGCAAGUCUGAUGGUGAUUUAUCUUCAACCACACGAGUGAAACAAGAAAACACUCGCAGUGAUGAUUGUGUGAUCACUUCAGCUCGCAUUAAAGGAGAAAAACUUGAUGAACCAAGCUGUAAUCAGCAGAAUGGAUUGUCUCCUUCAAACAAAGAUUUCGCAGCAGUAAGUGGAGCAGCAGAGAAGAACCUUGAUGAUGUUUUAAACAAACUGCCGUUGGAACUCGGCGACACAUUUGUCGACAUCCACACUGAAGCAUCGUCCAAGAACAAGACUGAGUCGCCCGCGGGGGAAUCUUCAACUCAAGAGGAGACACCUGGGGCGAAGCAGCCUGAGGAGAUCGCGAUGAAAGGGUGUGACAUGACAUUCAGUGAUCCGAAUGACGAUUACUGCGCAUGUUGUCACAACGGUGGGGAGGUGCUGUGCUGCGAGACGUGUCCACGUGUCUUCCAUCUCCAGUGUCACAUCCCACAACUACCAGCAAUACCCAAUGGUGUGUUUGUGUGUACACUUUGCUCAACAGAAGAUGACAAUCGACUCAGCCCAGUUCCUAUGGAUACUGUGAAUGGCACAAAACGCAAGGCACCUAGUGGCUUAACAGACAAAGAAAUGAAGAUAUGCGAGCGACUUCUGUUAGAGUUAUUCUGUCAUCCAAACAGUGUUGCUUUUCACGAGCCAGUCAGUAAACAGGUGCCAAACUAUUACAAGAUAAUCACGAAUCCAAUGGAUUUCACAACGGUCAAGUGCAAGCUGUCACGUCAACAUUUCAACCACUACAACUGUGUAGAGGACUUCAUCGCCGACGUCAAGCUGGUGUUCAUCAACUGUAGCACAUACAACACUGAUUCAUCAGAAGUUGGUAAGGCUGGACUCAUAGUGAAGAAAUACUUUGAGGGACUGGUAGAGAAACAUUUGCCACAGUACGUGGAGUUUUCCAAGUCCUACCCCAAGAUAGUGGAGAGACUGACGGUGGAAGUGGACGUGGCAGAUUCUGAACCCGAGGCAAAGAAGUCGAAAUCAACCACCCCACCUCUACACAUCUCCUAGCAUCAUAUAGAACACUAGACAUUCUUCUUCUCCAGCAUUUUCAUUGAUACUGCUAGUGCAUUCCUGUUUAUAUCAAUAUUUAUGAAUUGAACUGAUCCAAGACUCUGAGUAUAUUGUUAAAGAGCUGGAGUCUGUUUCACAAAACAUCGUAAGUUUACGAUUACAGUUGGCCAUUGAACACCUGUGGUACGUCAUUACGAAAGACUUAAGUACAGUAAGGACAAAUAUUGUUUUUGUUUUUUUUACAUUUAUCUCAAAUGUUAAUUUUUAUUUGUACUGUUCUACUUACUAGAUUUAUGUUUAUGUGCAAAACUUAGGCUUAUGACGUUUUGUGAAAUUGAUCCCUGAUGUCUGUCCAUAUAACAAUAACAUUAUGAAAACUGGUAGCCUUUAUGUACUACUUAUUUCAGUGUUAGUGUUUUGUGUCAUUAAAAUGUUAGACAUUCUUUACUGAAUUGUACCUAUUUUGUAGUUGUAUUAUUCAAAGUAUUUUGCAGAGAAUUAAUUGAAAAGACAGCUAAGUUUACAAAGCUGUAUAAAAAUCCCAAAAUGGCAUAAUUGCACAAUAGUCCGAUUCAUCUGGAUGAGAUUAACCACUCAAUGUUGCAUUUACUUCACCUGGCUAUUUUAUUGACUGAAAACCAAACUCAUGGCCAUCGGCUAUCUUUAUUACCUCAAACAGAAUCUCUGUGCAGUAGACCGAUGUGAAAAUUUUAGGCCGUACUGUACACGUUUUGAGAUUAAAUCUGUGCAUCAAUGUGCAAUAUAUGGUCAUCUGCAAAACACCUCCUUACAAUUAAGUACUGUUUGUGGCACCAUUUACUGGAUUCAGAUUGGAUGUCGUUGAAAAAACUUGAUGUUCAUUUAUUCAUUCAUUUGCUCAUUUAUUCAUUCACUAAAGCUGAAUGUGAUCCUUCAUGUAUAUUUCGAAUUAGGUUUUUGUUGUUGUAAUUUUUGUAAUACAUUUUUAAUUCUUGGUGAUGUUAUUGAUGUACUAUGACAACAAUAUGGUAUAAAACCACAGAUUUUA